UGGGGCUUUUUUCUUCGGCGCGCAAGCACGAAAUGCGUGCGCGCCGGCCGCCCCAUGGCUGCAGUCCUGAGCCUGAGAUCGUCGCCUUCGCUCCCGCAAUGUCCGGCCCAGGUAGUUUUCCCUCCCACGCCUCGUGAGGACUUGCCUCUUGGGCGCACCUUGGCCCUCAGCGCCUUUGCCGCGGCUCACGGCUCUUGCAAAGCGGCGAAGCGAGCUGCAAGGCUUCGGCGUGCUGCGAUGUGGCUCGGCUGCUUGCACGGGCUUGCCGAGCGGCUGCCGCAGCACUCGACAGUGUACCUCACAGGUCUGUCGCCGGACCUGGAGGGCGAGCCCUGCGAGGUGCUGGGCUUUGACCCCAGCGCCAAGAGGUGGCUUUUGCGCUUCCUCCACCCUCGCUUUGAGAACCAGAGCUGCCAGGUACCGGAGCAGUGUUUCACCUUCGGCUACUGCGUGCAGCCCGGCGCGGCCGCUCUUGGCGGGUCCGCAGCGCCGGGCGGUGCGGCGCGGGAGGCGAAGCGGCGCCCGGGGCUGGGCCGCGGCUUGGAGGCGGCGGAGCAGCUGGAGCAGGGCCAGGUAAUCUUUGAGGAGUGCCCUUUCCUCAUCACCGCGGACGACGUGAACGAAGUCUGCCGUGCCUACUUCAAGAUGCGCGCGGCCAGUGGUGAUUCCCCAGGCGCCUUGGACGCCUUCAACCGUCUCUCUGCUGGGGAGCACUUCUCCCAGGAGGCCGUGCAGCGCUGCGAGGCCCAAGCGGCGCAGGUGUGGCAGGCGGCCACGUCGCGCGCGGCGUCGCCCCUGGAGCUGCGGCAGAUCGCGGAGGUCCUGCGACGCUGGGAGGCCAACCGCUUCCUGCAGGGCGCCGGGGGCGCCGGUCGCGGUCGCGCCGGCCGCUACGCGCUCUUUAGCUGGGUGAGCCUGCUGAACCACUCCUGCCAGCCCAGCGCGAUGCUGGACAGCCUCAGCGCCUUGCAGUCGGGCGCCCUGCCUGAGGACGGCAAGAGCCGCGUCAAGGCGUUGAGAGGACUUGCGCCGGGCGAGGCGAUUUGCAUCAACUACGGGCCACCUGAGUUGCUGGAAUGGGAUGUAGCGCGCCGACGGGAGUACCUCCAGCGGCAGAAUGGCUUCACCUGCCGCUGUCCCCGCUGCCUCACCGAGGCCAAGGCCAAGCCACAAGGGGAGGAGAAAUCAGACCUUGUUUCCUCUGUGGCGGAGUGCAGCUACACGUGA